AUGGCCUCCCCAAUCUCUCCAAGGCGAUUUGCCUUGCUCGUCGGGAUCGACCAGUACUCGAGCGACGGCUCAAGAAAGAGUGCAGAUGGAAACCCGCUGUCUCUACGAGACCUUCGCGGCUGUGUCAACGAUGUCCGGGCGAUCGCAGAGCUUCUUCGAAAUGAGUUCCAACUGCAGGAUCCUCGCUUCCUCACUUCCCCGCCCCUAUCGAGCUCCAACUUUCCUACAACGCCAACAGAGCUUCGGCCCACAUUUGACAACAUCAAGAGGGAAUUCGACGCCGUGGCCCAACAAGCUGGCCCUGGUGACCUCUUCUUCUUUCAUUUCUCUGGGCAUGGGGCAAGACUGCAGCCGACAAGCAAGUCCCCCCUUGGCAGGUCGAGAGACCCGUCUUUGAUGACGAUGGACUUUUGCUGUGGAAAGCCUGCAGUGAGGGGGUGGCAGUUGAACGAAUGGCUGAAAAAGCUUAACGAGAAGAAGAUUCGGACCAUUGUCACCCUCGACAGCUGCCACUCUGGCGGCGCCUUUAGGAUUGAUGGAGCCUUUCGGACUCCAGAAGGCUGGACAAGCGUCGCCAACCUUCCCGCCGACGAAGAGGCCACCGCAGAGACGUCCAUCGAAUCGGGCCGCCGUGACAGCGAGCUGGAAACGUCUUGGUCCAUCAACCCGGACGGAUUCACGCUGAUGGCAGCCUGCGAAAGCCACGAGCUAGCCGCAGAGAAGGCUGUCAACGGCAUGCCUCACGGCGCAUUCACCAGUGCGCUUUUGGCAUACCUCAAGCAGAACCGGCCAAGCGAGUCAAUAGUGACUUAUCGGACCCUGCGCGACCAGAUAGCCGGAAAGGUCAACGGACAGACUCCUCGGGUGUUCGGUCGAGACAGGCUGGUUUUCUUCGGAGACAAGGAACCAUUUUCGGCAACACCCAUCGUCGUGCGACUUGAAGGAGAAAGGAUUUAUCUUCCUGUUGGAAAGGCUCACGGUGUCCAGGAAAGGUCCGAAUUCACAACUUUCCCGCCUACAUCAUGCGCAACAUUUUCGGUGGAUGAUAUCGACGACUUCGAAUGCAGCGCCCCGGUGCCGCCAGCGGUCCUCCACGAGCAGACUUUGCAACAACACAACUACCAGAUUGUUCCAUGUCGGUGGAGUUUGGGGGACGACGUGCUCCAAGUGCUUGCCCAUCCCAGCCUGGGGAGCGAAUUCCAGCAGGCGCUUCAUGCAGCUCUUCAGGACAGGAUCGUUGGAGACAUCGAGAUUACUGAAGCCAACGACAGCUGCGGAUCUAACUCGACCGCGUUCAGGUUGGCGAAGCGCGGCGAUGGCGGCAUCGACCUCGUUGGAUCUCCGACUUUGACCGGGUACGAAGGUCCACUGCGUGGGUUGGACCUUACAGGCAACGUCGCUCAGCAGGCCACAAAAUCUGCAGCGGCCUUGGCUCAUCUGGCCCGGUUUGGGCAAGUCCUCAGCCCCAGUGGCAGCGCAUUUCCGCAGCUUGCGCUGUUCGAGCUGAUCCUUAAGCCGAAAGGGAACCAGGGGACCCGUUCGAAAGGCCAAGGGAUAAACUUUGUGUUCAAAAACACAACACAGUCUCAGCUUCACUUCACGGUCUUGGUCCUGAGUUCUGGAUUUGGCGUGAAGCAACUUUACCCUUCGCAGGAUUUUCCACAAUCGGUAAAUCCGGGCUGCGAGGAUUCGUUCGUCUUCAGCAUCACGAUACCUGACAUCCUCGACAGCUAUGGGGAGCAGCGAGAUAUAAUUCGUACGGUAGUUACGAAAGGCAGGCAGCUUUCGUGGAAAAGCCUGGAACUGCCUGAGAUCUGGGAUGCCGACCAGCUGGCCUGCAAGCGCAGGGGGGCGGGGAGGGGUGCGGAUUUGGAAUCCCAAUGUAACUGGGUAAUGUGCAACUGCGGAGUACGCUGCAUUUGGCGCAAAGCCCUGCUCAGCAAGGCUUUUGUUCUGGAGGAGCGGGUGCAGGUACGGGUAGGCUGGUACUUGACCCUUGAUCGCACUGGGCUGGGAGGAAGCCUGCAGUCAGCGCACUGA